AUGUCGUCCAUUACUGGCGCUCUCGUGCGCCGAGGCACGGAGGCUGCCUUCGGGACCUUCCAGGAGAAGAAGCCCGACCAGCCAAAUGGUGGCUUGGUCGCUCUAUUUGCUAUGACCGUCUUGGUGCUUGGACUUGCUUUCUGGAGUGUUGAAUACACCUACGGAAUGGUUGUCGCCACGCUGGCCGCGGUCGAGGAUACAAACCCCGAUAUCUAUGUCCGGAUUACUUCCAAUCCCGACCCAACCAAGCCAAACGAUGAGGAGGCCGAAUUGGCGGUCCCUAAUGCCCAGCCCAUCACCAACAAGCUGCGCACUACCGUGAAGCACCUGCGUGCCCGCGCUGGCUUCUGGUCCCGCUUCCGCGGAGCGGGCAUGUUCCUGGCUUACACCGGGAUGAACGGAUUCCUGUUCGCUCUCGUCCCCGUGAACGAGACCUCUUUCGUCUACCAAUUUAUCAUUCAGUCGUUCGUCGGUGUCGCCUUGGCCACUUGGCAAAUGGCCUGGGUUCACAUCGUCAUCACUGAGCCCUCCCCGAAGCGCUUCUGGCAGCGCAUCCCCAGCUAUAAGACUUGGAUCAAGAUUGCCCCAGCUGCAGCUCUGGAGAAUGUGCUGAUUUCUGCUGCUUUCUUCCUGCCCAUGGCGCUGGCCAAGCUGUUCGGUUGGCUCGAGCCGACCGCUAGUGAUGAUGUCCCUCCCAUGAUCGCCUUGUACCGCUUCAUGGGGGCUACGAUCAUCCCCGCGAUCCUGUCCUUCAUGAUCUCCAUGCCUGCCCGUGUGAUCUUCAUUCGUGUGGCUGCUUCCAUGCUGCCCGAGGAGGAUGAGACCAUCGUGCCCUUCGACCGCUCCUUCGGCGGCAAGGUUAGCCCGGCCAUCACGGGUGGCAGUGGCAAGAUUGGGCUCAUGGACGCCUGGACCACCUUUGACUGGUCUGCUCGUGUUCGCUUUGCCAAGGUCAUUGGUAAGACCUUUGCCAUUCAAGUGGCGCUUGUUGUCCUUGCCUCUUUGGUCCUUGGUGGUCAGGUCAUCCUGAUGUUCAAGACUGCUAAGCCUGCUGGGUCUGAUGCUCCUGGAUACCAAAUCAGCUAUGAGUCUUGA